CUAUGGUCUAUUAUAUCUAUGGUCCGAAGUUCAAACGUUCGGUUUUAAAAAGUGACCACCGUGAGGUCCUUCAAAGAGAUGAGGAUUUUGAAAUUGUCGGAUUGAUAAUGUUAAAAAGGAUGAGCAUGGACAGUGUUUCAACGGAGGACAUAAACGAGAAGAAGCCUGGCAGAUUCAAAAUGUUUUUACACGAAAAGCUUCUGCCAUUAAUGUUCAAACAAUUCAUGAUGCUGGGAAUUAUAAUUGCGUUGUUCGUCGGUUUAGUUUUCCCACGAAUUGGUGCAUACGUAGGAAGCUUUGAAGGAUCAACUUAUAUUUGUAUUAUCAUGGUAUUUCUUCAUUCUGGUGUGAAACUUAAAACAGCAGCAAUGAAGGACGCUAUCAAGGAAUAUAAAGCGUUUAUUUGGGGUCUAAUAAGUAUUGUUCUUAUUACAACAAUAAUUGGUACCAAAUUGACUCAGCUGCUUCCAUUUGGAGAAAGUGUUGCAAAUUAUGAGAAUAAGAAUCAUAGUAAUGAAACAUCAGGAGAAAAUGAAGAGAGUAUAGUUGGACCAAGAGAAUUCCUUAUUGGUUUAGAAAUUUAUUACAUUUCACCCUGUGCUGUGGCAUCUGGGAUAGUUUUGGUAUCUUUAGCAGGUGGUGAUGUACCAAUAGCAUUGCUUCUAACAGUGACCACCAAUAUAUUAGGUGUGGUAACCGUGCCAUUGUUAGCAACAUGGCUGGUGUCUGUAAAGGGUGUUAAAAUCUCUGCUGUCACAUUACUUAUAAAACUUGCAAUCACAGUUCUGAUCCCACUUGUAGUUGGAAAGGUUUCUACUUGCAUAACUCAUGUUAAAACAUUUGUACAAGAUCACACAAAACUCUUGAAAAUUUUAAGCAUAACAUUUUUAGUAUGUAUACCGUGGAUGAAAGUCAGCAAAGCAAAGUUGGAUGGAUCUUUUCGGAAUGUAUCCAUACUUAAUCUUGUGAUUGUGUUUUUUUGGGGCCUUGCAUUACAUCUUGUUAUGAUUGUCGUGAACUAUGUUGGAGCUUGGUUGAUCAGAGUUAGUCUGAAGGUACGGAAAACCUUGGUUGUCCUGGCGAGCACAAAGACCCUGGCAAUCACAUUGUCAGUGAUAACCUUCCUACCACCGGAGCUUGGUGAUGCAGGACUCAUGAGUUUGCCACUUAUUGUGAUGCAUUUGGCUCUGUUGUUGAUUGAUUCUGCUUGGGUUGUACGUUGGAAUACUGGGAAGGGUGAAGAAGAUGAUACUAAAGAAUCAGGAGAGAGUUGUAUUGAGAAUGAUGAUAUCAUACCAAAGAAAAAUGAUAAUAUUGAUGAUAAUACUAGGAAUCAUAUUACUGCAGUCUAACACCUUAGCAAGUAAUGGGUGGUUUAUUGGGCAUAUGGGUGGGGGGUGGGGGUGGGGUAGGUUUAGUAACACUGAUCUAGUUAUACAUUCAUCAUCUUUAAUCGUGAAAUAAAAAAAUUCUCGGGUUACAUAGCCAGUGAAGCGUUUGAAGGCGAACAAACGGCUUCCAUACCUAGAAACGAAAAAAAAGUUAACCAUUAACAAACCCCCAGUAAAAUGAAUUCUUUAUGCGAUCACCUGCGUUGAUCCAAAAUUCACAUCUUAAUUAAAAGUCUUUCAUCAUAUGAAGGUGAGAUAGUGUGGUUCGCAGGCAAUCACCCAUUUUCGAUCAGAACAGCCAGCAUACCAACUGCAUGUGCUUUCUAAGCAUGAUAACUUUCGUCCAUCUGUGUGAAAGAUAAGGAAAUCUAGAAGUAGGGAUUAUCCUUGCGGUUUAGACGGUUUUUUAUGUUGCCUUAUCUCGGCAAUACUAUUGUCAUUGUUCGUUCGUACCUGGGAAUUUUCAUAUCCAACGAGAGAGAUCUGUCCACUGUAAUGCGUUUCAGGAUGGCCUUAAAACAGCCAAAGUAAUAUGUACAUGAAAUGAUGAAGAUUGUAAUCAUUUUUAUCCGUUCAAUUGGAUCUUUGAACUGUUUGGGAAAGAAAAAAAAAUCCACUCGCCUUGUCAGUCAAUCGCAGCAGGGAAAUCAACAAACAGUUUUUGAUAAGAAGUGUAACAGUAUAACAAGGCUUAAAGUUACUUUCACGUAUAAUUCUUUAGUUUCGUAUCUUAAAACUGGGUGGAGUUCUUCUCACAAGACGUGCUAUAUAGCUCGAGACUCGAGUCUCAACUGUGACAAACCGAUGAUUUCUAUGACUUUAAAUUCAGUUUACAGUUUUACUGGUAUCUAUAGUAAAAGAAAUCGUUCUU